AUGAAUAGUAUGAACACAUAUUCCCCUUUAUAUAGUUCCUAUGAAAAUAUAAAUAUAUAUAAAAAGAAUAGGAAAUUUGAAGAGGAUAAUUAUGAAACAUCAACUGCUAAUAUAUCUUGUGAUUCUAAGGGAAGAAUAUUAGUAAAAGAAAGUGAAAAUGAUAGAAACGAAUCUAUACAGAAAAAGCAGAUGCUUAGUUCAAUGGAUAAUAGAAAAACGAAUAAAUCUGAGAAACAUAAUAUUUCUUCUUAUUAUAAAAUGAGAAAAAAAGCAUCCAAUCAUUUAAAGGAUAAAGAAAAAUUGAAUAAUAAUAUAAUAUAUGCGAAAAAUCCACAUGCUAAUAGGUAUGAUAAAUAUUAUUCUUUGAAUAUGAACAUCAUGAAUAAUAUGAAUAAUAUGAAUAAUAUGAAUAAUGUGAAUAAUAUGAAUAAUGUGAAUAAUAUGAAUAAUGUGAAUAAUAUGAAUAAUAUGAAUAAUGUGAAUAAUAUGAAUAAUAUGAAUAAUGUGAAUAAUAUGAAUAAUGUGAAGAGUAUGUAUAAUAAUAAUAAUAAUAGUAAUGUUUAUUAUCGAAUUAGUAGACAAAAUAUAAAUGGGAAGGAAAGAUUAUUAAAUAGGUAUAAUAUCAUGAGGCCACAAAGGUCAGCUGAUAUGUUAAUUAGGAAUUACUUAUAUAAUGAUUUACCAUAUGAAAUAAAUCAACAAAAUUUAAAUAAAAAUAUAAAUGAUAAUAAUGCAGGAUCAUUUGAUAAUUUAAAUAAAACAGUAUUUGAGAAUUAUAAUAAAAAUAUAUUGGAUGAAUAUAAUAGAAAUAUUAUGCAAUAUUACAAUAGCAAUUUAAAGAAUUAUCGUAAUUCAUCCUUUGAUAAUAUAUAUACAAGAUAUAAUAAUAAUAAUAAUAAUAAUAAUGUUUAUAGUAAUAAUAAUGUUUAUAGUAAUAACAAUAUUUAUAAUAAUAAUAAUAACAAUGAUAACAUUAAUAAUUCUUUUCAAUUUAGUAAACAAGAAGGGCUUAUGAAAAUUUACAGUAAUAAUAAUAGAAACAUGAACGAUUAUGUUGUUAAGACAAGUAAUAUAACACGAGCAGCAGAUAACACAUGUGCUCAGGAACAAAUUAAUAUUCCUACGUAUAAUAAAACCGUUUUAUUAAAAUCAUCCCCAAAUACUGAAAAUACUUUUAACAAAACCUUAUCAAAUAUUUUGAAAGAACAACCAAAAAGAAGUAGUAUGUUUUCUUUUAAUUCUUCUGAUUUUUUUAAAGAUUUUGGGAAAUUAAGAAAAAACUUUGUAGGCAAAAAAAAAAAUAAAAUAAAUAAAGAUAUUGUAAUAAAUGGGAAUAUUUUUAAUAAUAAAAUAAUAGAUAAUAAUACAUCAAAUGCAAAGAGUGAAGGGAAUAGUACUCUUCAUAAAAUUUACAAUUUUAUAUUUCCAUCAAGUGUAAAAAAAUUACAAAAGAAAAAACAAAAACUACAAGUAAUAGAAGAUAAGGAAAAGAAUUCCAACAGAGCGGUUGUAAUGCCUUUAAAAAAUAAGAUAAUAUAUAUAAAUGAUGCAAAUAUAACAAAUGAUAAAUUUAAGCAUUCUUUUGAAAAUUAUAAUUAUCAUCAAACUAAUAUUCCUUUUGUAAGUGUAACAAAUUAUAUGAAUAAGGAUUCAACAAAAAAUGUCAGGAGUUUUUCUUCUUUCGACGUUAAGGAAAGAAUAUCUCCAAGGGUUAUACGAAAUGGUAAUAUAAACAAUAAUAAAAAUAAUAAUAUUAACAAUAAUAAUAAUAAUAUUAACAAUAAUAAUAAUAAUAUUAACAAUAAUAAUAAUAAUAUUAACAAUAAUAAUAAUAUUAACAAUAACAAUAAUAUUAACAAUAACAAUAAUAUUAACAAUAACAAUAAUAUUAACAAUAACAAUAUUAACAAUAUUAACAAUAUUAACAAUGAUUUUGUGAACGAUAGUAAUAUUAACAAAACUGUUAAUAUUCAUAAUAAUAAUAAUAAUCUAAAUAAUUAUAGUAAUACUAUGAAGUCAGUGGCAAAAAAUACACAAAAAUUAUCGGCGCAAAAAAAUUCCUUGGUUAAUGAUAAACAUCAUACAUAUCAUGAAAAAUUAAUAACCAACAUUUAUCAAUUUACAGGAGGUCAGUCACAAAAAAGUUGUAAUAUUAAAAAUCAAAAUGUUAAAGAAGAAAAAAUAAAUAACACACAAAUAUCAUAUAUUAAUAAUACAGCAUAUAAUGAUUAUACUAAUUUGCCAAAUGUAGAAACAUAUGUGCUUUCUGAAAAGAGUAAUAAUCUAGAAAAUAAAGAAGAUAACAAUAUAAAUGAAAAAUUUAAAAAUGAUAACAAUGUUGAUAAAAAAAAUAAUGAUGAAAAUAAUAUCAUAAAACAUAAUGUUAAUCAAAAUAAUAAUGAAGUAAUAGUAAUGAAUAAUCAAACAGAAGAACAAAUAAAUGAUAAUAAAUUUAUAAAACCAUUAAAUAAUAUAACAGGAAUAGAUCCAAAAAAAAAAAAUAUAUACAAUACAGUUAUGCAUAUAAAUGACAAAAUGGAUUUGAAUAAACACGAUUAUAAUUAUAAUUAUAAUAAUAUAAUUCCACAUAAUUAUAUAAACAGUUCAGAUAAAAUGACAAAUAAUUCUUUGCAUAUUAAUAAAAAAGCUGAUGAUAUUUUUCAAAAUAUGAUAUCUAAUAAUGAUACUAAUGUACCAUGUGUAUAUGUAAAUAAAUAUAUAAAUAAUAUUUUUCAAAAUAAUAAUCCAUCAAAUGUUACAAAUUAUAUUAAUACAAUUAAUAUGAAUAAAGCACCAAUAACUAUUGAUGAAAAUAGUAACAAAUUGGAUAAUAAUAUUAAUUAUGAAAAUGUUACCAAAAAUAUGAUUUAUAAUAAUUACACAAAUAAUAAUGUAUUAUAUAUAACAAAGGAGAAAAGUGAUAAUAAGCUUAACAAUUCAACAAACCAUUUAAAUGAUUUAAAAAAUAAUUAUUACGUUAUAAAUCCUUCAUUAUUAUAUAUCCAUAACAAUAAUAAUAAUAUUGAGUGGAAUAAACAAUAUACAAAUAAUUUUAGCAAACCAAAUUUUUUAGAUAAAUUUUUUUAUGAAAAAAAAGUGGAAAGUAUACAACCACAUCAUUUAAAUCAAUAUUAUUAUAAUAAUCAAAAUGUAAAAUAUAAUCCUUCACAUAUUAAUAUAUUAGAAAAUAAAUAUGUGAAUCAAUUUACAAACCAAAAUGAAAAUUCACUAUAUAAUUUUACAACACAUCAUAAUAACAUAAAAAAUAAUAAUAUAGAUAAUAUAUUAUUAUUGGAUAAAGCAAUAAGAAAUCAAUCGAUUUAUUACAAUAACAAUAAAGGAGACGAUGAAACAAAAAGUGCGGAACACACUACUAAUCCUUCCAUAAAUUUAUUAAAAAAUAAUUAUGAAGAUAAAAAUAAAAGUAAUUAUGUACAUUCAAUUGUAUCUAUAACUGAUAAAGACAAUUCAAUAUAUGCAAAAAAUAAAUAUGCAGAAGUGGUAACUAAAAAUAAUGAAAAAAGAGAAGAUGCCAUUCACAAAAAGGAUGAACAGUAUAUUUUUAAUAAUAAUGAUAAUAAUAAUGAUAAUAUUCACAAUAAUAAUAUUCACAAUAAUAUUCAUAAUAAUAUUCACAAUAAUAUUCAUAAUAAUAUUCAUAAUAAUAUUCAUAAUAAUAUUCACAAUAAUAUUCAUAAUAAUAUUCAUAAUAAUAUUCAUAAUAAUAUUCAUAAUAACAUUGAUGUUUCCUCUAGGGAGAAUUUCUUCCAACAUGAUAUUCAAAAUACAAAUCAAAUUAAUAAUAAAACAAUUCUUGAUAUAACACAAAAUGAAAAACCAAACGCAACAAAUGAAAAAUGCUUGGACAUAAAUAACAAAGAAAAGAAGAAAAAAAAAAUUAAAAGCGUUCAUUACGAUAUGGAUGAAAUAUUGUCCUUAAAAUGUAAAGUUUAUGAUGAAUUAGAUACAUGCCUUAAAUGUAUAAACAAUUUGACCAAAAAUAAAAAGUUAUAUGAACAAUUAAAAAAAUAUAAGCAUAAGCUUGACAAAGAUACCAAAACAAAAAAGUUAUAUGACGAAUGUACAUCCGAAAAAACGGGUUCCUAUUACACUAUGAAAGAUUCGUACAUAUCAUCAUUAUUAUGUAAUGAAUAUAAAUUAAAUCAUAUAUUAAAUAAGAGUAAUAACAAAGUAUCUGACGAUAAACACAUUUUAUCUUACAACCAUCAUCAUAACAAAAAUAAUAAUAUCAAUGAUAUUAAUAAUAUUAAACAUAUUAGUAAAUUUGUUAAUAAGGAUAAUGAGAAAACUUUGAAUAAUAUUAAUAUUUUAAAUCAUAAUAAUAAAGAUCCAAACAGUGGCGUUUUCUUACCUAGUGAUAAUACAGAAAGUGUUAUUUACAAUAUGAACAGAAAUAGAAAAUUAUGCGAUAACAAUUUUAAUGUAUCCAAACAUGUUUUAUAUAAAGAUUCGAAAGGCACUGAUAGCACAAGAACAAAUUUUUAUGAUGAUUAUAGUAUGUCCUAUGUAAAAUCAAAUGUAGAUAAUGUUGAAAAAAAAGAAAAAAUCAAAAAUAAUAUAAAUAUAUCUGAUAAAUAUUUCUUAUCAGAAACUGAUUCUCCAUAUAUAGGGAAAAAAAAAGCUUUAAUGAUUACAUUAAAUUAUAAUGGUUUAUUAGAAGGAUGUGUAAAUGACACUGUAGAUAUGUGUGAUCAUUUAAUGCAACGUUUUGGAUUUAAUGAUUUUAUAUUAUUGAAUGAUUGUAAUUUAUGUUAUAGAAAUUUUGUUACACAAAAAGCAAAUAAAAAAAAUAUAUUAAGUAAUUUACAUAAUUUUAUUGUUAAUUCAAAUAAUGGAGAUAUAUUAUUUUUCUAUUUUUGUGGUUAUUCUAUAAAAUUGAUAGAUUCCAAAUUUACAGAAAAUUAUAAUUUUGCUUUACUUCCUCAAGACCAUUCAAAAAAUAAUUAUAUAUAUUCAAAUGAAAUAUUUAAUAUAAUAAAAAAAUUACAAGGAGGAAAACAAUUAUGUAUAAUAUUUGAUACUACAUAUACUUCAUAUUUUGUUCCAGUACCUACUUCAAUAACUUAUAAUAAAAAUAUGAAUACAACUGAAAUAUAUAAAUAUAAUAAUUUUUCUUCUAAUCAAAAAUAUUUAAAAUCGUUGAAAACUUUUGGGAAAAUAAGAGAUAGAAAUGUUGAUUCGAUUUUUGUUGAAAAUAUUAAAAAACCAUUAUUAUAUGAAAUUUAUAAAAAGGAAAAUGAUACUAAUACAAAUGAUAAAAUCAUCCUUGUCCCAUCAAUCUUUUUCUUUUCUCCUGAUUGUAAUGAUAGAAAUGAUUUUGAAUUUUCAAUCAAAAAUAAAGUCAGAGGUUUAUUGACAUACUGCUUAGGUAAAGCGAUCGAAUUGCUGAAAAACGAUUUUUCUUAUCAUGAUUUAUUUGUUGCUGCAUCUCAAAUAUUAAUUGAUAUAAAGAAGGAAUAUAAUUUGAAAUAUGUAAAAUUUAAACUGUCCUUUUUAAAUGAGUACUCACCAGAUGACAUCAAAUUUUUAUCACACGAAAGUCUUUUCUUAAAGAAAAAACUACAACUAGAUGAACCUUUAUGGAAACCCUCCUUAAAAUUGAACAAUUUAAAUCAAUAUAUUCAAGAUAUUUGUAAUAUGGAUGAAAGGAAAAUGUUAAAAAGUUCAAAAAAAAAAUGUUUGCUAAUUUUUAUAAAGGAUAUUAAAUUUUAUACGUACAAAAAUAUAGAUACAAAAAAUGAGUACUUUGUAAGUUGCUUUAUUAAAAACAAGAAUGUCAACAUAUUGUGUGUCAGACGUAAUAAUACAAAAGAACAAAGAAUUGUUCAAGAUAAAAUAUUUUUCCUAGAGUACAUUACAUUGAAUGUAACACAUAUGGAAAAUGCCAAUAUUUAUGUAGAAUUAUUUAAGAAAAAAAAGAAAAAUUAUUUUGUAGCAAGGAGUAUAUUUAAUAUAAGAAAUGUGAAUGGAAAAUUCUCUCUUUCGGAUGAAAAGAAAAAUAUUAUUGGUAUUAUCGAUUUGAAUAUUAAAUGUGUUUCCUAA